AUGCUGGUGGUCCUGCUCACAGCAGCCUUAUUGGCCCUGAGCUCUCUUCAGAGCUCAAAUGCAGCAAUCAUCUAUGGAAACCCUUCUUCACAGCUCCUAGAGGGAGAACAGCAAAACCAAGGUCAUGGUCAACAGCAUCAGAGACCCCCUCCUGGAGAAUUCCCCCCAGGACCUUCAGCCUCUGAGGAAGAUGAUGGUGAUAAUGAUGAUGACAGUGAAGAAGAAGGAAAUGAACCAGAGAGACCACCACAGCAAGGAGACAAUAACCAGCAACCUCACCCUCCUAGACCUGGAAACCAGCAAGGCCCACCCCAGCAGGGAGGACAGCAGCAGAAUAAACCUCCUAGACCUGGAAACCAGCAAGGCCCACCCCAGCAGGGAGGACAGCAACAGAAUAAACCUCCUAGACCUGGAAAUGAGCAAGCACCACCCCAGCAGGGAGAACAGCAACAGAAUAAACCUCCUAGACCUGGAAAUGAGCAAGCACCACCCCAGCAGGGAGAACAGCAACAGAAUAAACCUCCUAGACCUGGAAACCAGCAAGGCCCACCCCAGCAGGGAGGACAGCAGCAAAAUCGCUCUCCUAGACCUGGAAAUGAGCAAGCACCACCCCAGCAGGAAAAUGAGGAACAGCAAAGUUACCUGUAG